UUCUCCAAUAAAUAUCAAUUAUCAUAACUUCAUCCAAAAACCUUCCUAGUAAAUCUUGAUUAUCAGUUACACAAAAUAUACACAUAGAUAUCGAUUCGACGUAUAAAAAUCUUAGUUCAAUCCCAGAUUUUGUUUGUGUAAGUGAAGUUAAUUGAAGAAAAUGAGAAGAAAUUGCAAUUUGGAACUCACUCUUUCGCUUUCAUCCUUUUCUCCUAUUAGGGAGGAUCAAGAAUUCGAGAAUAAGAAAUCACAACAGCUAACAAUAUUUUAUAAUGGAAAAUUUGUGGAUUCUGAUGUUACUCAGCUUCAGGCUAAAGCUAUAAUAUAUCUUGCAAGUAGAGGAAUGGAGGAGAAAACAAAUAAGAUGUCUCAGCCCUCAUCACCAUCAUUACAACCUCAAACCGGUCUAUUCAUGAAGCGAUCUUUACAGAGAUUUUUACAAAAGAGAAAAAAUAGAAUUCAAACAACUUCGCCAUAUCAUCAUUAGAUGCUACUGAUGGAAUUCGGCUCCAUUUAGUUUCAUAUGUAUAUAUGUUUUGUAUUUUGGUGUAACAAAUAUAUAUAUUUUUUAAUAUGAGAGCUAGAAAAUAAAGAAAAUUUUCGAGUGAAUUAUAGUAAUCAAACACAACACUUGUGCAUCAAUUAUUUUAAGAUUUGGAA